GGUCCCGUCUGCUCUAUGGGGGGAAGUGACGUCAUGCCGGCUGGGAUCGGAGGAGGCAGGUCCCUGCAGUCUCUGGAAUGGAUGCGGUGUGUGCGGUCGGAUCGGUUGGCUCGCGGCGCUCGGUCGAUAAACAUGCGCAGAUCGUCCUGCAGCAGAUGAACAAGAUGAGGCAGCAGCGGGAGUUCUGUGACCUCCAGAUACGGGUCGGCCCCGCCCUCUUCUCUGUGCACAAAUUGGUUUUGGCGGCCAGCAGUCCCUACUUCUCGGCUCUGCUGUCUGGGGGGUUAAAGGAGUCCUCCGACGACGUGGUUCUGAUUCAGGAGGUGGAGCCUAACAGCUUCCAGCUUCUGCUGGAUUUUAUAUACUCAGGUUCGGUUCAUAUCAGCACAGAGAACGUGCAGGGACUGAUGGUGGCAGCCGACAUGAUGCAGCUGACCGACUUGGUGUCGCUGUGCUGCGACUUCUUAAAGGAGCAGAUCGAUCCGGCCAAUUGCGUCGGCUUUUUCCAGUUCUCGGAGCAGCUGGCCUGUCAGCCUCUUCUGGAGUUCACGGAGAGCUUCAUCCACGCUCACUUCCCGGAGGUGAAACAAGGCGACGAGUUCCUGAACCUCACCAAAGACCAGCUGACCCGCCUCCUGCGCAGCGAGGAGCUCUGCAUCGAGGAUGAGCAUCAGGUGUUCGCCUCCGCCAUGGCGUGGCUGCAGAGGGACACCGCGACGCGCAAGAGGCACGUGGUGGAGGUCCUGGAACCGGUGAGGUUCCCUUUGCUGCCACCUCAGAGGCUGCAGAAGGACAUCGAAGAUGUAACAGACUUCAGCCUGCGGGUGGCGCUGCAGACGCUGCUGAGGGAAUACUGUGAAUCCAGCCUGUCCCCCAAGGACCGCAAACUCUGCAAUUUCCUGCAGCCGCCCCGCGUGUGGCCUCGGAGGAAAGCGCGCAAAUUCCUCUACGCGAUUGGGGGAUACACCCGCCUGCAGGGAGGACGCUGGAGUGACAGCCGGGCGCUGAGCUGCGUGGAGCGAUUCGAUACGUUCAGCCAGUACUGGAGCACCAUGUCGUCUCUGCACCAAGCCCGCAGCGGGAUGUGCACCGUCGUUCUGGAGGGGAAGAUCUACGUGGUUGGAGGUGAAAAGGACUCCAUGAUUUUUGACUGCGUGGAGUGCUAUGACCCGAUCACCAAGCAGUGGACCACCGCCCCCUCUAUGACCCAACCACGCUGUGGCCUAGGGGUCUGUGCCUGCCACGGAGCCAUCUAUGCCAUGGGCGGUUGGGUCGGAGUCGAGAUCGGAAAGAGCAUUGAGCGGUUUUCGCCGGAGGAGAACUCCUGGCAGGUGGUCGGGAGGAUGUCGGUCCCGAGAUAUUACUUCGCCUGCUGCGAGAGACAAGGGUUGAUCUACGUGGUCGGUGGGAUGAGCCAAGAGGGACUGGAAUUGUCUGCAGUUGAGGUUUAUGACCCAAUUUCCAGGCGCUGGACCUCGCUGCCACCUAUGGCCACCCGCAGGGCAUAUGUGGGCGUGGCCUGCUUGAAUGACUGCUUGUACGUGGUGGGCGGAUGGAACGAAGCGCAGGACGCAUUGAACACCGUGGAAAGAUACUCUUUUGAGGAGGAGCUGUGGGCGGAAGUGUCGCCGAUGAAGUUCGCCCGGGCCGGCGUAUCGGUGGUCAGCGUGAACGGACUGCUCUACGCGGCCGGCGGCAGGGCCAUCCUCCACAAUUUCUCCGCCCCGGUGACUUCGGACUCCGUUGAAGUUUACAACCCGCACACGGACACCUGGACUGAGAUCGGCGGCAUGAUCACCAGCCGCUGCGAGGGCAGCCUGGCCGUUUUGUGACGCGCAACCCGCGCAGGUUUACCGAUCGGGGGACGUGGCUGCGAUCGGGGCCGGAGGACGCCAACUGCGGAUGUAUAACAAGAUGGAGGUAGCUGCUGAUUGGGGAAAGUUCUGGUCAUGUGAUCCCCCAACGGAUACAGAGGUAGCUGCUGAUUGGGGCAAGCUCUGGUCAUGUGACCCCAGGGGGUACCAAGGACUGAAGUGAAAGGACUUUUUUUUUUAUAAGAACUUCUUAAUGGAUUGCUGGAAGGCCAAUGUCUACGGAUAGAACAAUAAGCUGAGUGUACAGUGGAACCUUGGUUAACGAGCAACUUUUAUUUUUUUUAUUUUUUAUUCUGACUCGGUUUGCGAGUGUUGUCUCGCAAAACCAGCAGAAUUCAAACUAAUGGGGCGUGCAGUACCGCAUUUGGCCAGAGGUGGGGGGGUGCUGGAGCUGUUCCGAAAAACAGGGAAAUACUCCGUUCCCCAGCCUUUCCAAGUUUUUCCGAGUUCAGCUGAGCUGUCCCCCAAGCCUUUCCGAGGCUCUCCGGCACCCCUCCCCCCGACCCCUCU